AUGUCCGCAGCGAAGGCUUUGCGACCGAAUAGAGAGGCAUUAGGGUUGUUCAGGCAGCAUGGAGACCCGCAGUCUACUACGCCGGAGCCACGGCCGCGGCAACAAGCAUUUGAACGAGCGUCUGCCGGGCUUCUGUUGUCUGGAAUUGCCUUGCGAGCAGCGAAGACUUCGUUGUUCAUGGGAGAAGGCAACGCUGCCGUAUGUCCUGAAGGCCAAACGCCGGCUGGUCGUCUACACUAUCCACUGCGCAAAGCAAGGACCGAAGGCGGUCUCGGCGGCAGUCAGAUGAGACGUCUUACUCCUGAGUGA